AUGACCUGUAGGAUGACAGUGCAUCUCUUCGGAGGAGUGUGGAGUCCCUCGUGCGCGGCCUAUGCUCUGCAACGAACCUUCCAAGACUUCGGAGAUGGGUUCUCGGAUGCAGCAAAUAGAGCGAACUCAAACUUCUAUGUAGACAACCUGCUCCUGUCAGUAACUGAACCAAAAGAAGCGAUUAUGAUAUCUCGGCAGUUGCGACAUCUUCUAUCGCUGGCAGGUUUCAAACUCAAAAAAUGGAUCAGCAACAACAAAGAGGUCCUCAACACGAUACCACUUAAAAGUCGACAUACUGGAGUGAAGGAAGUGAACCUGGGAUGUGAAGACCUACCCACGGAGAGAGCCUUGGGAGCCAUGUGGGACCUAAAUGGAGACCAGUUUGCAGCAAAGGUUCAGGUUCCCACCCGACCAGCGACAAAAAGGGGUUUACUUGCAGUGGUAAGCUCGAUGUACGACCCUUUAGGAUUCAUCUGCCCUUUCACCAUCAAAGCCAAGCUCAUUUUCCAAGACGAAUGCAGGCGGAAGAAGGACUGGGACGAAGACAUCACCAAGCAAAACCUUCACAAGCGGUUGCGCUGGCUUGAAGAUUUGAAAUCACUGCGAAACUUCAAAGUUCCUCGCUGCUACAGACCUGGGGGCCUGGGUUGUGCCACCUCAUCGCAACUCCAUCACUUCUGUGAUGCCUCACAAGUGGCCUAUGCAGUUGUAACGUACCUACGGACAGUAGAUAAUGAAGGUAAAGCCAGAUGUUCUUUCGUUUGUGGCAAGGCUCGUCUGGCCCCUCUCAAUCAGCUAAUGGUCCCAAGGCUAGAACUCUGUGCAGCAGUCCUGGCGACAAGAACAGACCAGACAAUCAAGCGUGAAAUUGGAGCCCCACUUGAAGAAUCCGUGUUCUGGACGAACAGUAUGAUUGUGAUCAUGUACAUCGGCAACCUAGAGAAACCUGUUGGCAACCUUUGUUGCCAACAAGAUCUCAGCUAUACAUGA